AUGUUGAUCGCAAAUAUGGCCAUAUCCGACCUGCUCUUUCCAAUAAUCUUGUUCCCGGUUCGACUGGUAGAUUUGCAAGUUGGCUCGUGGCUUAUCGGUGGUAACCUUGGUCAGGCCUUGUGCAAGCUACAUUUUUUCGGUACAUACAUUUCCUCGUUAGUAUCUGUUGAGAGUCUGGUUCUGAUAACAGAAGAUCGAUUUGGAGCUAUUGUAGUUCCACUUCAUUCCCCCCUCAUAACUAGCAAGCAGUGUCCAUUCUUCAUUGUCGCUACGUGGAUAAUCGCAAUGGCCGUUCAUUCGCCAUAUCUUGCUGUUUCUAAACUUGUUGAAUACCCUGGAGGAAUGAGGUGCACAAGUCAGUGGAGAGGUACCUUCGGAGCAAACGGCAAUAGAAAUUUUGUCUUAGUAGUUGCUAUCGUGUUUUUCUACACCCCCUUUGUCUUGUUGGCGAUACUUUACUCCGUCAUCCUGAUCAAGCUUAAAAGGCAAGCCCAUCCAGGUGAGGCAUCAGCGAACGCUGAGGAACAACGGACAAGAAGAAUCAGAAACGUACUGAAGAUGGCUAUUGCUAUUAAUGUAGUUUUUUCAUUUGCUGGAUACCAUUGUCCAGUAAGGGGAUGA